UUUCACUCAAUGUGCAUGGUGUUUGUAAUGUGUAUAUAUUCUGACCAACUCCAGCUUAUUCUCAACAAAAUUGCUUGUUUCAAAGUAGAAGCUCAACAAAUUGUCCAAGAAGAAGGCACAAAAAGAAUGGGAAGAUUUUCAAUAUCCAUGAAGGGUUUUGUGUUGUUCUGCCUAUGGGCAGUGAUUGCAGAAGCAGAGUACCUAAAAUACAAAGACCCAAAACAGCCAAUGGUUACAAGAAUUAAGGACUUGAUGAAAAGGAUGACUCUUGAGGAAAAGAUUGGUCAGAUGUCUCAGAUUGAUGACAGAUUAGCCUCAGCUAAUGUUACGAAGCAAUAUUUCAUUGGGAGUGUGUUGAAUGUUCCAGUGCAUGUUGCUGCACCUAAGGCCUCUGCUGAAGAUUGGGUGAAUAAGGUAAACAAGAUUCAAAAGGAUGCUCUUUCGACCCGCCUUGCUAUUCCAAUGAUUUAUGGGAUUGAUGCAAUUCAUGGACACAACAAUGUCUAUAAUGCUACUAUCUUUCCUCACAAUAUUGGACUUGGUGUCACCAGGGACCCUGCUCUUGUCAAACGGAUUGGUGCUGCAACUGCACUUGAAGUUAGAGCUACAGGAAUCCCAUAUGCUUUUGCUCCCUGCAUUGCAGUUUGCAGAGAUCCUAGGUGGGGCCGUUGUUAUGAAAGCUACAGUGAAGAUGUCAAAAUUGUGCGAGCCAUGACAGAGAUAAUUCCUGGUUUACAAGGAGAUGUGCCAGCUAAUUUUAGCAAGGGUGUUCCCUUUGUUGGAGGAAAGAGGUCACGGGUUCAAGCCUUGGAAACAGCCUCUGGCAGAAAUGCAAGGUCAAAGGUAGCAGCCUGCGCCAAGCAUUAUGUGGGAGAUGGAGGCACACUGAGGGGAAUUGAUGAAAAUAACACUGUAAUAAACUCAACUACAUUACAUGGCAUCCACAUGCCUGCAUAUAUUGAUUCCAUCAUAAAGGGUGUUUCAACGGUGAUGGUGUCUUACUCGAGCUUGAAUGGGGAAAAGAUGCACGCUAACCGAAAACUUGUCACUGGCUACCUAAAGAACCAGCUCAACUUCAGGGGUUUCAUCAUUUCUGAUUCGGAAGGCAUUGACCGGAUUACAAGCCCACCUCAUGCUAAUUACACUUAUUCAGUAUUAGCUGGAAUUUUAGCAGGAAUUGACAUGGUUAUGAUUCCAGUGAAUUAUGCAGAAUUUAUUGGUAAUCUGACUCGACUAGUGAAAGAUAAUAUCAUUCCCAUGAGCAGAAUUGAUGAUGCUGUAAAGCGGAUAUUGAGAGUUAAGUUUACCAUGGGUCUCUUUGAGAACCCACUGGCUGACCUAAGCUUGGUAAACCAACUUGGUAGCCAGGAGCAUCGAGAGUUGGCAAGGGAAGCAGUAAGGAAAUCACUUGUCCUUUUGAAGAAUGGCAAGAGCACUAGUCGUCCAUUACUUCCCAUUCCAAAGAAAGCACCAAAGAUACUUGUAGCUGGAACUCAUGCUGACAAUUUGGGUUACCAAUGUGGAGGCUGGACAAUACAUUGGCAGGGCGUCGCAGGCAAUGAUUUAAUAGUUGGAACCACCAUUUUAAGCGCUAUCAAGAAAACUGUAGAUCCGUCCACACAAGUAGUGUACCAGCAGAAUCCUGAUGCAAACUUUAUGAAGUCAAACGAAUUCGACUAUGCCAUUGUUGUAGUAGGUGAAGUCCCAUAUGCAGAGAUGUAUGGUGACAGCUCAAAUCUUACAAUACCAGAACCUGGUCCUAGCACUAUUAACAAUGUCUGUGGGGCUGUGAAAUGUGUUGUAGUUGUCAUCUCUGGUCGUCCAGUCGUGCUAGAACCUUACGUCGAUAAAAUAGAUGCACUCAUCGCUGCUUGGCUUCCGGGGACUGAAGGCCAAGGUGUUGCAGAUGCUUUAUUUGGUGACUAUGGUUUCACUGGUAAACUUGCUUGGACUUGGUUCAAGUCAGUUGACCAGCUUCCUAUGAACGUAGGUGAUGACCACUACAAUCCCCUCUUUCCCUUUGGAUUUGGACUCACAACUCAGCCAGUGAAGAUGAAUUAAUAGACAGUAUUGAUACUAUAGUGUGUACUUGCAAGAAAAGCUAGUAGUAAGUUAUUAUCAUUAAUAAAACUGGAAGAAAGAGCAGAAGGCAGAAAAUUGUAUUGAGGGCUUCCCUUUGAAUAUAUAUUAUUAUUAUUAUUAA